AGAAACGGCAUGACAUGACGACUUUCUACAGCUCUACCACCUCGCUGUGAUCGCAGCAAACCACAACACAAUACCGCCAACAUGGUUGCACCAUUACGGAAUGGCGUCCUGCGACAAGCAGCGACUUGCCUUCGCCAGCAACGCAGUACGCCCUCAAUUCGACCAAUGUCCCGCGAAGCAUUGCGCCGCCUGGCAUCGACACUUGCGAUCCUCGAACAACGCGAAGGCAAGCUGAAUAUGUCAUCCCUGGCUUCAAUCUCGGCUGCACAGAAACUGGGAGGUAGCAUACAUGGCUUCGUGGCAGGCUCCAAUAUCAAGUCGGUGGCCGACGAGGCCUCCAAGGUCGACGGACUGGAAAAGGUGAUCUACGUCGAGAACGGCGCAUACGACAAAGGCCUCCCCGAGAAUUUUGCUCCUCUUCUGGUCGAGAACAUCAAAAAGGGUGGAUACACACAUGUGCUGGCUGGACAUUCUGCCUUUGGGAAGAACCUCAUGCCGCGCGUGGCUGCGCUACUUGACGUGCAGCAGAUCAGCGACAUCACGGACAUUGAGGGCGAGGACACAUUUGUCAGGCCAAUCUAUGCUGGAAAUGCAAUCCUGACUGUGCAAAGUCAAGACGAAGUUAAGGUGGUGACAGUGCGAGGCACAGCUUUCCCGGCAGGUGCAGCUGAGGGCGGAUCGGCUGCUGUUGAAGAGGGUACUGACCCAAAGGCGGAAUGCCCUACAGAAUGGGUGUCUGAGGAUCUGGCCAAGAGUGACCGCCCAGAUCUGGCUACAGCAGAAAAGGUGGUCAGUGGUGGGCGCGGUUUGAAGAGCAAGGAGGAGUUCGAUAAAUUGAUGCCACCGCUCGCUGAUGCUCUCGGUGCCGCUAUCGGAGCCAGUCGAGCAGCUGUUGAUUCUGGAUUCGCAGACAACAGUCUGCAGGUUGGACAGACUGGAAAGAACGUCGCACCACAGCUAUAUCUCUGCGCUGGUAUCUCCGGUGCCAUUCAACAUUUGGCUGGCAUGAAGGAUUCGAAGGUGAUUGCAGCGAUCAACAAAGACCCAGAUGCGCCUAUUUUCCAGGUGGCGGAUGUCGGGCUCGUGGGGGAUCUGUUCGAAAAGGUGCCAGAAUUGACCGAAAAGCUUAAGAGCUCGUAGACUAGCGACGAGUGAUUAUACCAGAAAGUGAGGCGUUUGUGGAGCCGACAGGUAUGGAAAUGCGAUCUGUACUGCUCAUCUAGCAGAUCCUGGCACAUUGUAUAGUUCGUGCAACGAAUAUGCUUUCUUUUACCCG